CUGUGGUGAAGUGUGUGAGAGGGUGUGCAGACUGGCAGUGGUCUGUCGUUCAUCUGAUAAAGCAUCAAUUCCAUUAUCCAUAACUUCGUUAAAUACACAGGAUUAAAAAACGCAUGAUAAGUGUGAAGAGGAAUGCAUAAAGUUAAUGACGAGAUUGAACAACAUUUGGAAAAAUUAUAAGUGUGUAUAAGAGAAACAAAAUACAAAUUCCGAACCCGUGCGAGAAAACACGUGAUAAUUGUUUUGCAAGGCACUUCAGUCUUCUCUAAAUAGAAUGAUGUGGUUAACGUAAAGACGCCGAUAUUUUGCUCAUGCCAGCAAAUCAAAAUGAAGUUCAAGAUCGGAUUCCUUGCUUCAUUGCCACUGACUACAGACACUGAACUGGUGACGACGACUGUGAAGUUCCAACCGAGAGGUGAGAGGUUGGAGCGGGUGGGGGGCGGUCGCGACCGGGACCAGUACAGGGCGUGCCUCCAGACCGUGGCUGACGAGACUGGUCAGGAAGAGGACCCAAGGGACCGACACUGCCUCCUCCCCCACCCCGCCAAUACUAGGGUGAAUGCUGCUCUCCAGUGUUACAAGUCACAUGCAGUGGUUGAUGGUGACUGCAGUGCUCCUCGCGGCAGAUCUUCAAGCACAAGUUCUAGCGAGUCUUCAAAUACUAAUACCAGCGACAGCAUCAGCUUUAAUAGCACGAAUAGCAGUGGCAGUACAGCCAGCACAGGGAACAGUUUGGCCUCUAGCAGCGUCCAUAACAGUGACAGCACAAACGUCCAAACCAGUAAAAGACCAGGUAAAACGUUUUUUACUUUUAGCCCUAGAAAUGAUUCAAGAAAACGUCGCAUCGGAACCGGCACCAACAGUCCCGCCGGUGUAGCCCUCACCACCACCACAACCACCACUGCCUGCUUGGAGUUCAGCGUCAAUGGCAAAGCAAACAUCGGCAACAACGUGACAAAAGGUGUCAAACUCAAGACUAAUAGUCUGAGUAGUAACAGCAGUUAUGAAAGUCAAACUAGCAGCAACAGUAGCAAUAAAAGUUUCAGGAAGUUUUUUCAUCGAGGAAAUGUAUUCAGCAAUAGUUUUAAAAUGCGAAACAGCAUCAAGAAGUCUGCUAAGAGCAGUGACAAGAGUACUCGUAAAAGCACCACCGCCAAAGCCACCACUAUCAACAAUAGUAGCAGCAUCACUAACAGCAUCAACAGCAACAUUGAGGAGAAUAGCAGGUUUCUCCUCCCUGCAGACAGUGUUACCAACAUCGUCGUCGUUGGGGACAAAGGAGUCGGCAAGUCAGCUAUCACCGUUCGUUUCCUGACCCGCCGCUACAUCGGGGAAUACAGUUCAGACUCGGAAAUGAUGUACCAGCACGACACCACGGUGGACCAUGCACCCGCCUGCCUCCAGCUACUAGAUGUCACCACAUUGCAGACACCUUACCAAAUCCUAAAUCACCUCUCCUGGGCUCACGCCUUUGUGGUCGUCUACGACAUCACCAGCAGAACUUCCUUCAUUCACGCCAGACAACUGCUGCAUAUCCUUCAUUCUCGUUUUCAUACAAAUCCUUCCUUUUCCAAAAAUUUACCUCCACAACCAAGUUCCUAUAAAACUAGUGAUUGUGCUACGCACACGAACAUUUCCCAUGAAAUAAUAGUUCCUGCAUGUUCUAGAAACGAUAGGACAACAAACGGUGACUGUGUUUUAAGUGAACAGCCUAUGUUACCCAUUACCAGUGUUGCUUCCCGGCCUCCACAGCCACCCCACAGCCUCACAUCAACAAACCAUCAUGCACACCAGUGUUACCAAGCUGACCCAUCACCGACUGGACAGCGUUACUCUAUCCAGUCAUCUCUCCCGAUCUCCUCGCAUGGAAGGCAGGAACCUGCCACUCUCAUAUCCUAUCAGUACCAACGGCCGGACGCCAACCGUCUGCGCCAUGCCACCACUCCCUACUAUGGUUUCUCGCGCAGCACAACUGGUGACACGCCCCUCAUUCACUGUCGCUGUCACUGCCACAAUCUUCAUACUAAGUUACCAUGUGGUACAACUUUAGAUAAUUACGACAGUAAAUAUAGCAAAAGCUCAUUUAUUCCUAGUCAUGUUUAUUAUGAUUCUAUAGAUACUUUAGUUGAAGACCAUCCAAGGUACAAUUACAACAGAGGCACAAGAUGGUCUCCUACGGACAAGGUACGGCGAAUUCCACUAGGCUAUCACACCAGCUUUGACUUAUGUGAUGAAGGACAAAAGCCGGAGUGUUAUUUUGAGAGGAGUACUAGCGGGUGCAACUUGCAUCACUCCUGCAACAGACACCUUCCUGAACAUGCUGCCUCCCGUUACCAAGAGUGUCUUCCAUCGAAAGGAGGCUGUUCCUCUACUGGGCCUCUGCAAAGGCAUACCACUCUUCUCCUCGGCAACAAACGAGACUUGGAGCACAUCAGGCGCGUGUGGACCGACGAGGGAGAGGCGCUUUCUCUGGAAUUCAGCUGCCAGUUCUAUGAGGUGUCGGCAGCAGAGUCCGUUCUUGGGGUUCAUCUAGCCUUUCACUCCCUUCUGAAGGAGACUCGGGCUCUGCAGCUUAUAAAGAGUCUGCCUUAUGGGAAUUCUCAGGAUUCUUCCAAAGGCACCGUGUCCUCGGCUGUAUCUAAGGUCAUUGGCAACUUUUUCCGGGUAGGUAAAGUUGGUCACAAGAGACAGUCAAACAGCAUCUGACCAGCGUGAAUGCAUCAGGUACUCUUCAAAUCUUUAUGUUCUCCUAUAUAACCCACCAGAGUCCUCGCCCAAGAAUAAGCUACACUAGUUCAUGAAUAGUUCCAAAUAUUGUUAUUUAUGUUUUAUUCUAAACCAACGAAGCACUUCAGGGUUGCGUUAGCUACCCAAUACAGUGUUAACUACCUAGACGCGCACGAGCAGUGAAGAUAUUUUGCGGGACCGAUAAAAAAAAAAAAAAAAAAAAACUUUUCACUCGUUAGAACCGUGUAAAAACAAACCGGAACUUUAUGGAAUUAGCAAAUAUGUUUUAUAAAGCGGUGUCGAGAAGAAAAUUAGUAUCAUGAGAGCUUUUUAUUAGAAAGAAAAAAUAAUGAUAAUGAGCAGCGCUCUUCAAAUACGUUCGCCCGCUGGAUUAGGAACAUAUUUAUCAUCAUUAUUAUUAUUUUUAUUAUUAUUAUUAUUAUUAUUAUUAUUAUUAUUAUCAUCAUCAUCAUCAUCACCAUUAAUAUAAUUUUUAUCAUUAUUAUUAUUAUUGUUAUCACUAUUACUAUCAUUAAAUGUUUUUAUUAUAUUGUACGGUAUGUGCGUCUCAAUUUUGAUACCUUGAGAGAAAAAUCGUACAAAAUCAAGACGGUAGCGGUGGUCACGUCGCAUGUGGGAACGCAGGAAAUAGAGGGGAAAUAUACUGUACAGAGUCGUACACUGUUAAUAAAACCUGCACGUUAACCUUAAUAUCUUAAAAGUAAUUGUCCAGUUAUAGGUUUGAAGGACCCGUGGCAACAUUUCACACUAUCUAGUAAAAGAAACAAAUACUACAAAAAUAGAUAAACAAAUUAACUAAACUACAUAUUCUAGGUAGAUUAGAUGGAUCCAGGCAUCACUAAGUCUUAGUCUGUUAAGUUUAUAUUAAAGAAAGACAAACAUGACACGAGUAUUGUUCUUACCCAGGAUUCAACGCUAAGUAAUUUCAACAGACUAGACUUCAACGUUCAAUUUAUCCGCUUUGAAGGGUUCCAGAUAGCUAGGUGCGGCAGUCCUUCCUUGGACAACGAACAUCCUGCCAGACAAGCAUCACAUCUUCAAGUCAUGUAUUCGAUAUCAAUGUUCCUUUCAGAAAAAAAUAAAAUAAAUAAAUAAAUAAUUAAUAAUAAUAAUAAUAAUAAUACGAAACAUCUUUUACUUAAUAUAAAGGCAGGUUCUCACGUGUCAAUUUGCGACUGAGAUUGCAAGUCAGUACAGUUUUCGACUGAAUAUCGGUGGCUAGCGACUGGAAAAACCAUUUGCAAAACAAGACAUGUUGGUCUUGUUCAGUCGAUUUGCGACGUUGUGACGUCACGGAGAAAAGUUUGAAAAUGUGGUGUCAAUGUAAAGAAGAAUAUUUUGGAGUUGAUGAGGUUAAAAGAGCACAUCUGGGACUCUAGAAGUAAAAAGCUUAAACAAAUUGGCAUUCGAUGAAUUCGUUGCCACUCUCCGAUGACUGUUUCCUUCUAUGCAGGGUGUUGUUGGAGGUGAGGAUUGAAGACUUGUCAGGAUUUAAUUUGAUCGCAAUCGUCAUCGUCACCAGAGGACAACAUCCAGCCGAUACAUCAUACUUUCCAGUCGCUAUGUGUGAACGUGUUCCGACUACAUGGGCUCAGUCGAUACUUUUAUCGACUUGCGAUUUAAGUCACAUAUUGAUACGUGUGAACUUGACAUAAGUUCGUCAAAGAAUUCAGUUGUAGAUUUCAUCGGAUGCGGUAAGUAGCCGAAUAAAAAAAAAACAAAUAAAUGAAAAAGAAAUAUAGAAAAAAAUCAAAACAAACCUAAAGAUUUAUAAUCAAAUAAGCCAUGCAACGCACUAAAAUACAACACUUCAUCCAGUUAAUUCAUUAUACAUGGUCAGUUCCGCUACUGCAACACCAAACUUAUAUAACUUUCAUAGCAAGCUAGUUGUUCCACCACAUUGGGUGAUCAGCAACUGUUAACCCGUUGAUUGUUGUAACUUAUCUUCUGAACCAGAGUGAAAUGCAGCGUGCGAAUUUGGCCUCACAUUAAAGGCAGGUUCACACGUGCCAAUUUGCGACUUAAAUUGUCGAUAGAGUUUCCGACUAAAUAUAUGUGCCUAGCAAAUGGAAAAGUCAGUCGCAAAACAAGACCAACAUGUUGGUAUGUUCAAUCGAUUUGCGACUUUAAUUACGUUGUGACGUCACGGAAUAAGCUUUGAAAGAGUGGUCUCCAGGUGAAGAGAUGGUGGAGUUGGUGAGGGGAAAAAAAAAACACAUCUGGAACUCCACAAAUUAAUGAUACGGAAAAACACAAAUUAAUGAUAGAAAAAAAAAAAAAAAAAAAAAAAAAAAAAAAAACCGUAAAUCGUGGUUGGACGAAACAGGUGCCAGUCUUCAAGAACCGUUUCUUUCAAUGCAGGGUGUUGUUGGAGGUGAGGAUUGAAGAUUUGUCAGGAUCUAAUUUGAUCGCAAUUGUGCAUAGUCUUCUUAAGAUUAGUGUGUGGUGGACACUCCUUCUCCUUUCUUUCCUUCUACUUUGCCAGGGACGUAUCCACAGGCAUUUUCUAUUCUGUUGACUCUUCCGGUACGCCAAAAGAAGAGCAACCACCGCUUCAACAUCGCCACUGGAGGAUGACAUCUUGGCGGGUUGCUGUUUGUUUACAUUCACUUCCCCCAAAAGGCACCAACUAGUCAAUACUUUCCAGUCGCUAUGUGUGACGUUUUUCCGACUAGAAAGGCUCAGUCGAUACUUUCAUCGACUUGCAAUUUCAGUCGCAAAUUGGCACGUGUGAACUCGCAGCGUGACGAUUGUGUGAGGAACGUGUCCGUCCAACCACAGACGAGGUAAGACUUACAUUAACUAGUCUCAGUAAAAUAACGUCGUCAGACUUACUCACAUACAAAUCAGGGGUCAUAUACUACUGGUAAAGGGAACUAUAGCAACCUACAGUAGCCAUACAACAUUGCAAGAAGCCAAUAUACUCACCCAGCUCAUCGUUGUUCUGCAGCUCACUGAUCCCAUUCAGAGUAAACCUUGCGGAAUCUCGUGUAAUUGAUAAUGUCCAGAUUAUCACAGGUAGUCGUCUCCUGACCACGAUGUUGACAGCAUCGCGACACGCGGUGCAUUGCCCAAUGGGGCACUUAACUACUAUUUUAAACAGUAAACAUUUCCUUGUAAACACCAACAAUACUGACGUUCGGACCACCCGACCUAAAGGCAGUGCUUCCAUGAGUCGAUGAAAUCUUACCCUAGAUUGUCGAAGUUGCCCGUUAAUUGUUGAUUAAUGCACUCUUAUCAUACAUAAGUUUAAAUAUUGCCCCACCCCCACCCCCAAACACACUCACAGGUCUACA